AUGGUAACUCAAGUUGACACCAUGAGCGCUUACAAAAUUUCGCAUUCGAUCUCAGAUAAUAACUUAAGUGGAAAAAGUGAAGAUAUUUCAUUCAAAUAUAAUUUAACAGAUCAUAUCGACUGCCAUCAACAAAAUUCGCUGUCUUAUAAUAUAACUUUCAACAAUGAUGAGCGGAAGAAUAAGCAAUUACUUUAUAAAUACCAAAGUUUGGAAGAUAUAAGGAAUGCCGAUUUUUUCACCUUCCUCAGUCAAAGGAUAUCAAGACACGCAUCUAUCGAAAAUAAUUAUCAGGAUACUGGAAAUAGUGCUCAAAAUAUGGAUUAUCAUGGAACGCUGCGCUAUCAAAGUAAUAAUGAUUGCCAAAAUGAAGAAUCAAACAGAUUAUCUUUGACUGACUUAAAUGAUCAACGUAUUCUCACUGAUUCUUUUACAGACUCCACUUUUAUGUUCAGCCCUAGCCACAGACCAUUAUUCCUCUCGUCCAAUAACGAAAAUAUGAGUUCAAAAUAUUUUGAUAACCAUUUCGAUCAUGUGAGCGGUAACUUAUUAGAACACGACGAUCUAUUCGACAAGGAAAGACUGCUCGUAUCACCCCAAGUUUCAACGAUUUACGAAGAGAGUGAAUUUUCAUUUAAAGAUGGACAGGGUCACUCGACUCCAGUGAGUGUCGUAACAUUAGGACCUGGGACCCCACUUAUACACGACAAUACGGCGAUUGAAAUUGAAUCGGAAUCAAAAAUAUCGUCGAACUAUGAUUUAGGGUCCGAUAUUAUCUCCAGAGAUCGAUAUUGUCCCUCGCAAAGCGAUAAUAAAACAGUGACUACUAACUCUGAUUCGGAAAUGGAUGAAUCCAUCCACGAGAACGAUUCAAAUUCUCAGUCGACAUCGAGGGAGAAAUGGAGUGACGAUGAAGCAAAAUGUAAAUCGGUCGAUACAACGGUAACACCUGAUUUUGUUAGAAACGAAAUUGCAAAGGAAUAUAAAUGCAAAGCUAUAAAUAUAUCAAUGCCCAAUGAUGCUCACGAUAAGGUGUCAAUUUAUCCUGAAAAGACGCAAAACUCAACUAACGACGACGUUUAUGAUAAUAAAAAUAACGAACAUUUAAUCACUACCGAAGUUGCUUCUAUCGAAUUAAAUCCUGAUAAUGAUGAAAAACCACCAGUUCCUAAAAAUAACAAAGAAAUCUCUCCCGAAUCGAAAAUAUUUAUAGAUCCAAAAGAAAUAAAAACCGAGAAACUCCUUAACAAAUCAAUUCAAAAACUACCAAACGAACCCAAUACUAUUGAUAUACCAAAGAAUCAAUCAAUUAGUCCUAAAACAGAAAAGAAGGAUAAGAAAAAGCCUACCAUUCGCACAAAAAGUGCUAGCCGGGAUUUUAAAAGUCACUCGUCACAUGAAAAAAAUACGUCAAUUAAUAAUAUAAAUGACUCGAAGAAGAAAACAACCUUGGUACCUAAAAAUGGGAAAAACGAUAUUUCAUCAAGGACAAAGGCAAAGCCUAAGAGAGAUCAUGAUAAUAUCAAUAAGACCCCAAAAAUCGAAUUCAGGACAACAUUUCAAGACGAGAAACCAUUUAAAUUAUCAGAGAGAAGUAAAAUCCGUGAUAAAAUUAGCACUAAACCUCUUGAUAAGAUUUCGCUAAAACCGCUCCAGGCUAGCAAUAUAACAGCUUCCCGUAUUCGACCAUCGAAUAGUUUUCAUGAUUACAAGAAAUACCGAGACACUAAAAGAAACCUGGAUAGUAACAAAGUGCCAUGGAACACUUCUAAUUUAAUCCGGGAUGAUUCUCAUGUUACAACAAUUUAUAAACCAAAUUACGAUUCCAGCAAUUUGAAAGAGGUGUAUAAUAAAUAUGUAAAAACUCUAUCGCUGUUCGAUAUAAAGCAGAAAAUGACGACCGAUCAUUUAAACUUAAAUUAUCUACCAGAAUGUAUAGCGGUAAAAUUGCAGACAGAUAACCCCCCGGAGAUUAUAAAAAGGAUGAAUAAUGUAACGAAAGAUAUUAGACAAGAUAAAGAGUCUAAAAAAUUAGAAAAUGCUAAAGAAGAGGUUUAUUUGGUAAAUAAUAAUACAAAUCAGUCGGAAAACAAGAAUUAUACAGAGAACCAAGAAGUUGAUUUGCAGGAAGAUAAUAAACAAGCAGAUGAGAUUAAGGGCGAUUUGCAGGACAGUUCUAUAAAUUGGAAAAAUUCUGAUAUAACUGGACAAAAUAAUACCAAAUUUAAUCAAUCUUUUUCAAGGUCAUACAAUGAAAAAAUUCUGGAAACAAAUCUGGAUAAUGAUAUACAAAUAUCUAAAAAUGUUUCAGAUAACAAUUUGUCCAAAUUAAAUGAUGAAAGCAUGAAUGAUUCCACGGAAUAUAAAAGAUCAUACAAAUUGUAUUCCCCAUUAGAAAUGUGUCAUUACAAAUCGUUCAAAGAUAAAAUUACCAAGGAUCACAUCAUAAGCUUGUUCAGAAAAAUGAGCAAUAAUGUGUUCAAGAAAUCCCCGGAAGAAGAAAGCUUAAAACUAAACAAAUCAUAUGUGGGAGGAGACUCAGAGUCUCCAGAUAAUUUGGGACAUGAUCAUAUACCCACAAAAAAAAGUAGUUUACAAUCAGAAAGCAAAAAUCGUCAACAUCAAAGCACAAUUAUUCAAAACAUAUUUGAAACUUGUAAGGGUAGAGCAAAUGUUACAAACGAUAAUGUUAUAGAUAACGUAGAUAAUAAUGAUAACUUAGACAAGAGUCAAUACAAAAUGGCUUAUGGACAGAAGAAACCUAUAAAAUCAUGCGUUAGCGAUGAUAAAAAUAUUUGGGCGAAUUUAAAAAACAAAAUAAUGUUAGAUCAUUUAACGGACUACGGCAAUAAAGGGAAUAUGAAUGAUUACACCACUGAAUAUUUGAGAGAAUAUAAACCUUCUUAUGAACAUAAAACAUACGUAGAUACCUUAAAAUCUAGUAAAACAGAGGGCCAAGAUGUCUCCGAUAAACAGAACACCCUCAAGCAAGAUACUUCGUAUAAACCAUCUCUAAAUUGUAAGUUGAUUAAAGCUAGAAAUAACAUGGAUCAUAUCAAUUCUAAUUUUUCUAAUUAUAAAAUUAGUGGUUACUAUACUGAAUAUAAUAGAUCUUUCAGUAAUCCAAGAUUAAAUAAAUUUGAGAAAGUCCCCACCCAUACCAUGUUGUCAUAUCAUCAAAUCAAACAAAAUUCUCUUUUGGACCAUAUAAAAUUGAUGUAUUGCUGCGACGAUCAGGAUAAAUUGAAUCCUGUUACAUCAAAUGGAACAUUGAUUUCUAGUAUUUCGAAAUCGGAAAACAAUAUAAAUGAUUAUAAAAGAAGUUGCUAUUUAAGACGUUAA